GGAUCCAGAGGAACCGAGGAGACCGGAGAGACCGGAGCUGAACAGGUGGUCUGGAAACGCACCAAACAAUGUGGUCCGGCGUGGGGGACCCUUAGUCCUGGCUCCUCAGGAGGAGAACCAGGAGAAAACCUCCAUGCUGCCGCCGCUCCUGCCUGGCUCCCACUCGGAUUUCUGCUCCGCGCCUCCUCGCCUCGGCCGGGCUCCGAACCCGGGGAGCAGGACCUCGGAUCCCGAACCAUGAAAGUGACGGUGUGUUUCGGCAGGACCCGGGUGGUGGUUCCGUGCGGGGAUGGGGAUAUGAAGGUGCACGCGCUCAUCCAGCAGGCUGUCAUGAGGUACAAGAAGGCUAUCGCCAAGGAUGCCAGUUAUUGGCUGCAGGUGCACCGGUUGGAGCACAGCGACGGUGGAAUCCUGGACUUGGACGAUGUGCUCUGCGACGUGGCCGACGACAAAGACAGGCUGAUAGCGGUGUAUGAGGAACAGGAGCCCCACCAUGGAGGCGAUGGCACCAGCGCCAGCUCUACGGGGACGCAGAGCCCUGACCUUUUUGCUGUGGACCUCAGUGCCGGCAGCGGGGCCUCAGCCUUUCAGCCCUACCAGGUCACCAGCGAGAUCGAAGUCACGCCUUCGGCCCUGCGCACCAAUAUGCCCCUCCAUGUCCGGCGCAGCAGCGACCCCGCCCUCAUCACCGUCAACGGGCCGUUUGGUGGAGCUGAGCCCCGGGUCCAAACGGAUGAAACGCCGUCCAGGAUGAACCCGACCCGAUGGUCCACCACCGCCGGCUUCCUGAAGGCUCGGCAUUCCUCCGGCACAAACAGCCUGGAGAGGAAGAGUAAAGGCAUGGACACGUACCGCAGCCUUCCACGAGACGCAGGGACCUGGACCAAUCAGAGGGAGUUUCAGCGAGAGACAGCCAGGUCAUCCCUCAGCGCCAAUCACCCCAUGGUGGACCGCUGGCUGGAGAGACAGGAGCAGGAGGAGGAGAGCAGAGAAGAGGAGAACGGGAGGAUCGAGCCCGUUGGCCGAGCCGACUCCUGCGUGGAGCACGCUCCCGUCAGGUGUCUGGAAGACAUUGUCAAACUGGUGGAGGUGUCAAACGACGGCGGGCCCCUGGGAAUCCACGUGGUGCCUUUCAGUGGCAGGGACCGCAGGACUCUUGGCUUGUUGGUCAAGCGUCUGGAGAGAGGAGGGAAGGCCGAGCAGCAGGGCCUGUUCCAGGAGAACGACUGCAUCGUCCGUAUCAAUAACGGAGACCUGCGAAACAUCCGAUUCGAACAAGCUCAGAAUAUGUUCCGGCAGGCCAUGCGUUCUCCUGUGAUCCUGUUCCACGUGGUGCCGUCGUCCAUGAAAGCCCACUACGAGCAGCUGUCUCACGCCGAGAGGACCCCUUCGUUCUCCUCGGGUCGCUUUAGCCCCGACUCUCUGAUGGGCGUGGACCACCACCCGCAAAGAAUGUCCCGCCACGGUUCCCAAACGCACCCACACUCCCAUCCUCACCCGGACCGGACCGACAGCUACACACACCUGACCCCGCACCCCGCUGUCUCUGCAGCCAAACCUCCGACAGGCCACUCUCCACAGAAGGGGGCGAACUCCACCCCAACCACAGGGUUUACAAAGAAAGUGGGCAGACGGUUCAACAUCCAGCUAAAGAAAGGUCCAGAGGGACUCGGAUUCAGCAUAACAUCACGGGACGUUCCCAUCGGGGGCUCGGCGCCCAUCUACGUGAAGAACAUUCUGCCUCGGGGAGCUGCCAUCCAAGAUGGCCGCCUGAAGGCAGGAGACAGGUUGUUGGAGGUGAAUGGCGUGGACUUAAACGGGCGGACCCAGGAGGAGGUGGUGGCUUUGCUCAGGAACACGCCCAUGGGCGGGGCCGUCGGGCUGCUGGUUCUACGCCAGGAGGAGGCUUUCCUUCCCCGAGAAGUGAGCACUGAGCCCCAGCAGCAAUGCCCCGGAGACUUGAAAACGGAGGAGGAUGAGUUGGUUCUGACCCCCGACGGGACCAGAGAGUUCCUGACCUUUGAGAUCCCGCUCAGUGAUUCGGGUUCGGCUGGUUUGGGCGUCAGCGUCAAAGGGAACCGCUCCAAGGAGAACCACGCAGAUCUGGGCAUCUUUGUUAAAUCCAUCAUAAAUGGAGGCGCAGCCUGCAAGGACGGGCGGCUGAGAGUGAACGACCAGCUGAUUGCGGUCAACGGGGAAUCGCUGUUUGGCAAAACCAACCAAGACGCCAUGGAGACGCUGCGCAAGUCCAUGUCAACGGAAGGCAACAAACGAGGAAUGAUCCAGCUGAUCGUGGCCCGACGGGUGAGCAAGAGAAACGAGGAGUGUCCAGGGAGUCCACUGGGACCCCAGCAGCCUCUGAACACCACCCUGGAUGAUCACGAGCGCAGAAUCUCCCACUCCUUGUACGGUGGCCUCGAAGGCCUCGAUGACAAUUUGAUGCCUCGACAAGGAACGAUUCCACGGACAAUCGGAAACUAUCAACUCUCUCCGACCGUCAACAUGCCGCAGGACGACACCGUGAUCAUCGAGGACGACCGGCCGCCGCUCCUCCCAUCCAACCUCUCCGACCAGUCGUCCUCCAGCUCCCACGACGAUGUGGGAUUCGCCGCUGAUGUUACGCCGCCGUGGGCCAAAGAGGCGCCUGCUCCAACUGAAAACUCUCUGGGUCCAGAUGAAAACCAUCCCGACGGAGCGUUCCAGAGAGAAGGAUUCGGACGCCAGAGCAUGUCUGAGAAACGCACCAAGCAGUUCGGAGACGCCACGCAGCUGGAGAUCAUUAAGACGCGCAAGUCCAAGAGCAUGGAUCUAGUAGCCGACGAGAUUAACCUCACACCUCGUCCCGACAUCAACUCAGGUUCCUCCACAAAGGAUGUGGGACCAUCUCUGGGUCUAAAGAAGUCCAGCUCCCUGGAGAGCCUCCAGACAGCUGUUGCAGAGGUCACCCUCAACGGUGACCUCCCGUUUCACAGGCCCCGCCCACGCAUCAUCAGGGGGCGUGGCUGCAACGAGAGCUUCAGAGCAGCCAUCGACAAAUCGUAUGACCGACCGGCUGCCAUGGAGGAAGACGACGAGGGCAUGGAGACGUUGGAGGAAGACACGGAGGAGAGUUCACGAUCAGGCAGAGAGUCUGUGUCCACCGUGGCCGACCAAACGCCGCUGUCCGGCCCAGAAAACCCCCUGGUCAACGGCACCAACCGCUCAAAGGAAGAGAAGAAGAAGGAGAAGAAGAAGCAGGAAGGAGGGAAGGAAAAGGAGAAGGGAAAACCCAAGAAAGGCAUGCUGAAGGGACUCGGGGACAUGUUCAGGUUCGGUAAGCACCGUAAGGACGAGCGGCCGGGUGAAAAGAUCAAUCGUAAAGGCUCGAGCAAGUGGAGGCCAGAGGAGACGCAGGUGUCAGAGGAGGACACGCUGAAGAUGAGGCUGGAGCAGGAGAGGAUCCAAGCCAAGACCAGGGAGCUGAGGGAGCGUCAAGCCCGGGAACGGGACUAUGCUGAGAUUCUGGACAUUAGUCGCACGUCGGAGAGAUCCUCUGAAGAGGACCACCUCUACUCUGGCAUGAGCCCCCUAAACAGCUCUGUGGACUAUGGCCACAGCCGACCACACAGCCCCCGGGACGAUUACCCCCACAUCCAUCACCAGCACCAGCACUCCGACAGCCUCUAUACCCAAAUCAGCAAGGCUCGCAACGAUCGACCUCCAUCCACAGACAGUAGCCGACUGACUCCCAGUAACCACGACCGGAUACAGAAGCUGCGGCAGGAGUUCCAGCAGGCCCAGACCGUCCCGGACGACCCGGACGAUCGCAGAAGGACCUACAGCUUCGAGCAGACCUGGUCGAACAGCAACGGUCCGGGCGGCUACAGCCAGCCGGGGCGUCACUCCGUGUCCGUGGAGGUGCAGAUGCAGCGACAGAGGCAGGAGGAGAGAGACUCGUUCGCCCAGGCACAGCGGCAGUACAGCUCCCUGCCACGACAACCCAGGAAGAACCCAAGCACGGUCUCUCAGGAUUCCUGGGAUAAGGUGUACCCACCAGGAGAAGGAUUCCAGACUGCCAAGGACAACCCCAGGUACUCCAGCUACCAGGGCUCCAGAAAUGGCUACCCGGGCGGUGGAGGCGUCAACGCCAGAGUUCUCCUGGAGGCCCAGGAGCUCCUGAGGCAGGAGCAGAGGCGCAGAGAGCAGGAAGCCAAAGGAAAGUUGAUGCAUGAGAGCGGUGGUAACAACAGCUAUGAGGGGUACACGACACACCUGAAAGACCCAGCAUCCCCAAAGGGUCCGUACCGCCAUGAUGUCCCGCCCUCGCCUUCACAGCUAGCAAGGCUGAACAGACUGGGGUCAGAAAAAGGAAGACUUUUUUAUUCUUGAGGACAAUUUCUUGACUGAAGGAUGAACGUGUAGUUUCAGAGCUGAAGUGAGGGGUUACCUUGAUCAAACAACUAAAAGUCAACGCUACAAAUCUUGACAAAGGACAGUUAGAGCUCUUAGAGCUUAGCGGUAAACAGCUGUGCCCAGAACGUGAGUGUUCAUGUUCACCCCCCACUGUGCUGAUGACCUACACCGGCUGUCAGUCACUCACCCUCCUACA